GCUUUGUUUGUUUAUGAUACAAAAUGUUAAAAAUAGAUUAAAUUCCAAGAAUGUACAUAUGCAUAUAAUUAAAAAAAAGAUGUGUGUAGAGAAAAGGGUUCGUGAAAAGUUGUAUACGUUACUGAUGGAUGAGUAGAAAAAGACAGUCUGGACAAGACAAGUGCACCAAGUGCAGGACAGGACAGUUGGUGGUGGGAUAAGAAACAUCGGAAAUAAAUCGCGGGGAGGGGUUAAGUUGCGUACAUGUCUCUUGGAUAUACCUAGACUUUUCUCUAUAUUAUACUGGUGUUGUUGUGUUUUCAUUGUUUCAAUUUUAUAAAAAUUCGGAAAAAAUUGAAAAUUUCAACAAAAGAAAACAAAAAAUUAAAGAGAAAAGAAAAAAAAGAAACAUGGCUGGUGAACAAUUCUCAUUAGUUUGGAAUACAUUUCCAAGAAAUUUAUCUUCUGGUCUUUAUAAUUUAUUAACCGGUGAACAAUUGGUCGACGUUACCCUCGCUGCUGAAGGUCAAAUUUUGCGUGCCCACAAAUUAAUUUUAUCCGUUUGCAGUACAUAUUUCAGGGAAUUAUUCAAGGGGAACUCGUGUAAACAUCCGAUAGUAAUACUGAAAGAUGUUAACUAUCGUGAUUUGUCGGCAAUGUUACAUUUUAUGUAUCAAGGAGAAGUCAACAUUAAGCAAGAAGAUAUAGCCAGUUUUUUAAAGGUCGCAGAAGUUUUACAAAUAAAAGGACUCACAAAAAACAAUGACGAGGAAUUUUGUGAAAAGGAAGCAGAACUCUCGGAACAUUCAUUAAGUGAAAAAAAUGACACAACACCGAAUGCAAUUGAUAAUGAUUGCGAUGUCGUUAGAGAAUUAACGGAAACUUCAGAAAAAUCAUGUCACUGUCCGUCUUCCAAUAAAAAUAUCGAACAAUCGACUGACAAGACAAGGGAGGGUUUCAUUCAAAAAAUUGAAUUGGAAACCGAAAUGGAGAAUAUUGAACAAAAAAUGGAAGAAUACUUGGAAAAAGAGGCUGAAAUGCAAGAAGACGAACCGCUGGAUUGUACACUUGAUUUUAUAAAAUUGCCACAACCGGAACGAGAUUGGCGUGAUUAUAAACCGGGGAUUGAGACAACAACAACGACGACAACGACGACAGGAACAACAAUAGCGGAAACGACGACGACAACAACAGCUGAAAAUCAAAUAACGGAAACAAUGGAGAAUCAAAUGGAACAAACGGACACAAUGGCACAAGAUUUGCCGCCGGAUCCACAACACGUGCAAUAUCCACCUUAUCAAGAACCUCCACUGAAUUACGAUAGUGCGGAGGCAUCGUUUCAAAGUGAUUCGGCGAGUUGUAGUAAUCGAGGGAGAAGAACAGUAAAAGGAAUUCCAGGCAGCAGUCUAUCGUUGGAGACAACAUUACGGGUAAUAUCAGAACUUGGUCCAACGAUUCGCGUCGAAAGAGGUAAAGUAAUUCGAAUGUAUUCUUGUCCAUGGUGUUUACGGCAUUUUACACGAAAAGAAAAUUUAAAACUCCACGUGAGAUAUAUUCACGGUCCACUUGAAAGUCUAACAUGUAAAUUGUGUGGCAACAAAUACAAAAACAGCAAUAGUCUGCGUGUACAUUCUUACCUUUAUCACAAUACAAAGAGAAGUAAACACAAUAAAUCACCACUAAUCACCGGUGGUGUCUAA